AUGACCCCGACCUUGUUGGCCGUUCCGGCCCAGGAAGCAGAAAAUGUUGGGGGUCCCGCGGUUGGUCGGCCCUUCUACCAGCAGGCGCUGGUGGUGAUUGAGCUCUUUUGUCCCAGUAGCCUACAGAUUAUGAGACUGUUAAGCAUGAGCCCUGCUGUGAUCAACAUGCAUGGGUUCAAUCCCAGAAUGAACUUAAAAAUUUGUAACAAAUACUCUGAAAAUUUUAACAGUGUUAAGAGACAUCUCAGAAGUGUGUUCUAG